CCACAUAGCUCAAAUAAUUGACACGUGUAGAGAAGCCCAUAGGAACCAUGAGGGUUGAGAGAACCAAGCAACACUCAAUGGGAAGAAAUGGCGUUGGAGAAGAAGAUAUGGAGAGGCUCAUGCCUUCAAUUUCCCCAAACCUGAAGAGCCAGUGACCGAGAAAAUGGCCAUUAGGGUUGAGAAAUGGCGAAAAUUUGCAGCUCCCAUGGCCAUCAGCACCAUCAGAUGCAACCCUGCAACUCAUCGUCAGCUUCUCCACAACGGCCCAGACACAUUGGAGGAGCUAUUAGAGAGGCACGUGGUGAAGAAAGAUAAGAAUAGCGUUGACGACGAAGAAGACGCGAUUUUAGCUCGUCGUCGCCUCACAAGCACCCGCAGAGAGGCUCUUAGUCUCUACAGAGACGUCAUAAGAGCCACUCGCUUCUUCGUCUGGCCUGAUUCUCGUGGUGUCUUGUGGCGAGAUGUUCUGAGAGAGAACGCUCGUAAGGAAUUCGAAGAAGCCCGGUUCGAGAGGGACCCUGAGGUCAUCACGAGAUUACUUAUUUCUGGUAGAGAUUCUGUUCAGGCUGCCAUUGAUAAGCUUAUUGAGAAGCAGAAGCAACAGAUGGAGCGCGAGCGAAACGAUGGAAAUCGUCGUUGAUGAUACAUUUAACAGGCAUAAGAGUUGAUGGAUGGAGAUUUUGGUGAAAGAACCCUAUACUACGGCAGAAAUGAUAUGUGGGUUCAAUUGAUUCAAUCAUUAUAUGUUUUAAAAGGGUUAUUUUCUAUCAGGAGAUGUUAAAAAACUACAACCUCAGCCCCUGCUAUGUCCUUGUGAAAAAUGGAUGAAACUGCAGAUAGCUCCGAAAGUUUCUGACCUAGAGAAAGAAAUGGUGUCCAGGGAUAAAAGGGCUCAAGCCUGGGACAGAGCGAUCCAUCCGUGCAAUUCAGUUAGUGCCCAACGAAGGGGAACUUUCUUUUGGGGUGGUGACGAGCCCUCUGAAUAGGACUUCGGCAAUGCUGGCAACAAUCUCUGAGCUCAGUUUUGUUAUGUGGUGUUGAAGUUGAUUCAUCGCCUGCGUUAACCUCCUCACUAUGUUAGCCAUCUGAACUCCUUUUCUUUAUCUUCACAAAAACUCAGUAGCCUGAACCUUGAAACAGGGGAAACAUAAUUGUGUUCAAUAUGAUAUUUAGCACAUCAUAGAUCAUGUUUAUUUCAUUGUGGGACUUGUGCCCAUUGACAAA